AUGAACUCAGUACUCACACAAAUUCAACCUUCGAACCCUCAUUCUCGAUUAGAAGGUGAAGAUGAAUUUGAACAAUAUACAGACUCUGCGUCAUGGGGAAGUAUGGCUGGAUUCGGAAAUUUGAAUAGAACUGGUGGUGUAAUGGGCAUGGAUGUACCCAGAGUAUCAAAUCCAAGUGCAUUCUUAGAUAUGCACACUGAUAACAUGUCAGCGAAUCCCGAUGCCAAAAUCAAAAUUGCACAUGGUACUACAACAUUAGCAUUCAGGUUUAAAGGUGGAAUUAUCGUUGCCGUGGAUUCAAGAGCAACAGCAGGAAGUUACAUUGCAUCUGGAACGGUAAAGAAGGUCAUUGAAAUUAAUAAAUUCUUACUUGGUACCAUGGCCGGUGGUGCAGCUGAUUGUCAAUAUUGGGAGACAUACCUCGGUAUGCAAUGUCGAUUAUACGAACUUCGAAACAAAGAAAGAAUCUCGGUAGCUGCAGCUUCGAAGAUCUUAUCAAACAUUGUAUAUCAAUACAAAGGAAUGGGAUUGAGUAUGGGUACAAUGGUUUGUGGAUGGGAUAAAACUGGACCAUGUAUCUUCUACGUUGACGAUGAUGGACAAAGAUUGAAAGGAGAUUUGUUUUCUGUUGGUUCAGGUAGUACAUUCGCUUAUGGUGUUCUUGACCAGGGAUACAAAUGGGAUUUGACAGAUGAGGAAGCUCAAGAAUUAGGUAGAAGAUCAAUCGUAGCUGCGGGUCACAGAGAUGCUUAUUCAGGUAAUACAUGUAAUUUAUUCCAUGUAAAACAAGAAGGAUGGGAUUUCAUUGGCAACUACGAUAUCAACGAAUUAUGGUACGAAUAUGAGAACAAGAAAAAGGCCGAUAGAGAAUCCGCCACGGCUGCUCCUGCUGCCGCUGCUUCUCCAAUCGCAGUUGAUCAAUAG